AGCUAGGCCCAUCACAAACUCAUCCCUCUAUCCAAUCCACUCCGUCGUCUUCCCUUUGCCGCCGCCUAAGAGAGCGAGUGCUCCGCGUUGCUCACCCUCGCCGCCUUCAGCAGCAAAUCGGCGACGACCAGCGGCGCUCGAGCCUCGAACCCUCUACAAGCAGUGACUAGCUAGGUAGCGGGAGGCGCCGGGAGCAAGCUGCUUGCGGGAGGUAGGAGCGCCGCCGGAGUGAGACACCCGCCGGCCGGCCGACGGCGGACCAAGACGCGCGGGGUUACGGAGCUGCGGCUGCGUUUUGGACGGUGGACUGCAUAACCAACACCAAGGUCUCCGAUCUGUGUCCACGAUAGGGGAAUGCUGAUGACAUGAGCCUGUGGCCGCUCCAGGUGCAUUUGCCCUUGUGUUCCAAGUACUACUGGGGCUAGGAACAUGUGGUCGCCGUUUCAUGACCUUCAUGAGCUGUUCUGCGGUCAGCUCUAACGCCAUUGCACUCCGGCUUCUCAUCGAGGGUAGGAUCCAGCGCCGGGGUGCCUGUGCAUGCAAGAUGUUUACCCUUGGUUCCCACAGGAGGAGGGUGAGGCACCCGGUGGUCUUCGCGAAGAAGAGGCGGCGGCCCAAGAAGUGGGAACGUCCAUGGUGGAAGCCAUUUUUCUCAGAUUGGAAUGAUGACGAGGAGAGUUUGGCUGGCUUGAGGGAGGAUGACGAAUUGUUGGAGGAGAUUGGUAGUGACCAAGAGCUGUCAGAAAAUGAGAAGUUUGAGACGUGGAGGAGGAAAGCUGAGGCUAUUGUUGAGCUGCGGGAAGCCCAGCAGGAUGCAAUGAAUGCCGAGGAACGGUCGUGGGAGGAUUGGAUCAGUGGGGGAAGCAUGUCAGGGGGAGGAGACUGGGGCGGGGAUGUGAGCGUGUUGGACCAGAUAUCUGAUGAUCCUGCAGAGAUAGUGAGGGAUAAGAGCGCUGUUGAAGUUUUCAGAGAUUCCAUUGAUGAAGAUUAUGAUGACAUGUUGUUUGAAGAUCGAGUUUUUAUGUAUGCCUCAACAAAUUCGGCCAAAUUUCUGGCACUACUGAUUGUGGUUCCGUGGGUGAUAGAUUUUCUAGUCCAUGACUAUGUUAUGAUGCCCUUUUUAGAGAGAUAUGUCCAGAAGGUGCCUCUUGCUGCUGAGUUACUUGAUGUAAGACGCAGCCAGAAGCUCCAAAUGGUUAAAGACCUAAAUAUUGAGAAGGCAAGAUACCGUUUUGAAGUAGAGAUUGGUAAAUCUCCUCCACUUUCUGACGAGGAUGUCUGGUCAGAGCUGCGAGAAAAAGCGUUAGAGUUGAGAGAUGACUGGAGAUUAGAAAACCGGAAAGCUUUUGCAAAUAUAUGGUCUGAUAUGGUUUAUGGGAUUGCGCUAUUCCUACUUAUCUGCUUCAACCAGAGCAAAGUUGCGAUGCUGAAGUUCACAGGAUAUAAGUUGCUAAAUAACAUUUCAGACAGUGGGAAGGCCUUUCUUAUUAUUCUAGUAUCAGACAUCCUUCUAGGGUACCAUUCAGAGUCAGGUUGGCAUACAUUGGUAGAGGUUAUUCUGGAGCACUACGGGCUUGAAGCUGAUGAAGCUGCAGUCACAUUUUUUGUUUGUUUGGUUCCUGUUGCUCUCGACGUGUUAAUAAAGUUUUGGGUAUACAAAUACCUUCCAAGAUUAUCACCCACUGUGGGCAACGUUUUGGAUGAAAUAAAGCGCCACUAGAGAAUUUCAUUUUUGAUUGUUUCCAUUAGGAAAUCGCUUGGAAAAUUGUCACCUUCGUGGUAAGAGUGGAUGAAUAUUCUAUUGGAUUGGCAUUCCAAAUUUUCAGUUCUGAAGGACCUCUUUGUCUGAACGGCCUCAUAGAACACCUGCCUGAUCAUCAAUCGGGUGUCAGGCUAUUUGCCAUGUCCUGGAAUUAGCGAAUUACAUGAGCUGGUUCUAAUUCUGAAACCAUAUAAUGGAAAAGACUAUGUUAGUAAGUUAGCCAUAUUCUCCGGUUGAACAUAAAGAUUCUGCACCGGGUACCCUACAGGAAAAUUCAGAUUCUUUUGACCUGAUAUUUAUCGGUGGCAAUCGGUUUUGCCUUGGAAAUUCUCACAAGCGGAGCCAUGCUUAAGUUCAGUUUCUUCUGUGCAAAUUCUGAAGAAAGUAUAGCAUACAUUGUGGUGAAUUCAAUAUGCCUGUUGAUUUUUUCGAAUGCUUGCUUGAAUUAAUGGCCUGCGUCUGUCAAGUGGUGUAUACAGCUUCACGUCUUGGAUGGUCGAAACUCAAGUUAAAACUUGCAAGUCUUUGUAAACUUCAUAUUUCAAUCACAUUCUCAAUUUGCAAGCUGUAUAAGUGUGACUAGAAAUGAAAUUUGCAAGUUUUAACCUCCA